AACCGCAGUAGGUUGAUGUGACGUCAGGCACACUAUUUGCUUGAAAAAAAAAAAGUCUGAAAAUGGCGGCUCUGUACGGUAAUAUCAGUAAAAAUGAGGGGCAGACUUGGAGUUCUUGGGCUGAAAAUAUCGGAUAUCAGAGCCCGGAAAGUGUAGAUGAAAAUGAUGAAGAUGAUGAGGCUAAUGAUCUUAAAAAGAAAGAAGGAGAUGCAUUGCAACUCAAGAAAGAAGACAUGAGACUUUUUGGUUUCUGCCCAGCAUGGGAUGAUUUCUUUUUGGUUGUAUGUGAAUUGUGUGGACUGAUAGUUAAACCCCAAGCACUAAAAAGUCAUUUGGGUUGUGUACUGUAUAGCAAUGUAACUGAUGAGUAGUAGAAAACAUCUGUACUUCAAGGUAAU